UUGAAUAUGGAACAGUCUAAAGAAAAGUAUGAAGUUGGCGAGUGUUAAUGUUGAAACUUGAUUGUUUAUUAGUGCAUAGUGUUAUUUACCGAGUACUUUGAGAGUUGAAAGAAAUAUGACAACAGCUGCUCGUCCAACGUUUGAACCAGCUCGUGGUGGCCAAGGUCGUGGAGAAAAUGAUCUUAGUGCUUUGUCUGUACAAUAUUCAAGCAGAGAUUUACCAUCCCAUACCAAAUUAAAAUACAGAGAACCCGGACAGGGUACAACUGAAGAACUCCAAAAACAAGAUUUUGCUAAAAUACUUGAUGAAAAAGAAAAAGCUGUUGCAUCUAAAGCGAUAGGAGGCGAACCUCCUAUAAAAAAAAUACGACCUGAACAUGUACCAAUCGCUACACUAGAUGUUGAUGAUCCAUUAGAUCUUGAUGCUUCUGAUGAUGAUGACAGUGAAGAUGAUGCAGAAGAGUUGAUGCAAGAAUUGCAAAAAAUUAAAAAAGAAAGGAUGGCUGAAGAAGCUCGUAUGGAAGCUGAUAAACGUGAAGCUGAAGAACAAAUCAGAAUCCAAAAUAUUCUUCAAGGAAAUCCAUUAUUAAGUUAUGGAUCAACGGUACCUAAAGUUAACCAAAAAGUCAAAAGACGUUGGAAUGAUGAUGUGGUUUUUAAAAAUUGUGCUCGCACAGAACCAGAAAAAAGCACUACCUUUAUCAAUGAUUGCAUUCGUUCUGAUUUCCACAGAAAGUUUAUGGACAAAUAUAUAAAAUAAUUUUAAUACCAUUUAAUGUUCAUGUGAAGUUAAUAUUAUCAAUUUAAGGUCUUAUUU